AUGGACAUGGAAAAUCCACUCUCCCAAUCAACAGGGUUAUUUACCAUCUUCUUCGGCCUCCUCAUAUUACUCUUUCUUCUUUCAUCCAUGUUGAGAAGGCGCAGAACCACCACAGGUGAAAGUAGAGAAGGACCACCAGAAGCAAGUGGUGCGUGGCCAUUCAUUGGGCAUCUUCACCUCUUAGGAAGGGCAAAAGCACCUCACAUCACGUUGGGCAACAUGGCCGAUAAAUAUGGCCCCAUCUUCACCCUGCGUCUUGGUCUUCACAAAACCCUUAUUGUGAGCAAUUGGGAAAUGGCCAAACAGUGUUUUACGGUCAACGACAAAGCAUUUGCUAACCGUCCUAAAGCUUUAGUUCUUGAAGUGAUGGGCUACAACUUUGCCAUGUUUGGGUUCAGCCCCUACGGUUCUUAUUGGCGUCGCAUACGUAAGAUUAUACUGCAGGAGCUCCUCUCCACUCAACGGGUAGACAUGCUCAAGCACGUGAUGGAAUCAGAGGUGAAGGCAGCAGUGAGAGAGAGUUACCAUUUUUGGCUGAAGAACAAAAACAAUGGUUCCGACAAGGCAACAACUGAGAUGAAGAGAUGGUUUGGGGACAUAACUUUAAACAUCGUGUUCAGAACAAUCAUAGGAAAACGUUUUGUAGGUGACGAUGAUAGUGAGAAUGAACGGAUCCGAAAAACACUGAGGAACUUUGUUCAUGUGGCUGGAUCAUUCGCUGUGUCCGAUGCUCUGCCAUAUUUGAGAUGGUUGGAUUUGGAUGGAGCAGAGAAGAAAAUGAAGAAGGCGGCGAAAGAGUUAGAUGCGCUUGCUCAAGCUUGGCUGGAACAACACAAACGCCACAGGAAUCAUGAUUCGGGUAACCAGGACUUCAUGGACGUGCUUCUUGGGCUUGUUGAAGAGGGUGAAGAGUUUGAAGGUCGUGACGCAGAUACCACAAUCAAAGCUACAUGCCUGGCCUUAGUAUUAGCUGCAACAGAUACUACGACGGGGACAAUGACUUGGGCUCUCUCGUUACUUCUCAACAAUCAUGAAAUGUUAAACAAGGCAAUCGAGGAAUUAGACACACGAAUUGGAAAGGAAAAAAUGGUAGAUAUAUCAGAUUUGAACAAGUUAGAGUACAUGAAUUCUAUCAUAAAGGAAACCCUGCGCUUGUACCCUGCUGCACCCCUUAAUGUGAUCCACGAGUCUAUGGAAGAUUGCGUUGUGGGUGGAUAUCAUGUUCCUACUGGCACACGUCUAUUGACUAAUAUUUCCAAACUUCAACGAGAUCCCUUCAUAUAUCCUGAUCCAUUAGAGUUUCGUCCAGAGAGAUUCUUAACUACACAUAAGGACAUUGAUGUCAGGGGUCAACACUUUGAAUUGAUUCCAUUUGGUGCAGGUAGAAGAAUGUGUGCUGGAGUAUACUACAGUUUCCAAUUAAUGCAAUUAACACUUGCGACUCUAUUGCAUGCAUUUGACAUAGAAACCCCUGGUAGACAACCUGUCAACAUGCUUGAACAAGUUGGACUAACCAACAUCAAGGCUACUCCUCUCCAAGUCACUCUUACACCACGUCUCUCGCCUCAUAUUUUUCAUGACCUUUAA